AAAAACAUUAAAUCGGCAGGCCCCUAGCAAGGACAGUCUCCUCAGAUGGAUUCUAACCCUUCGGUCUUGGGCUGAUUUCUGGCUGGAGACUGUCUCGGCUGAGGAUCUGAGAGCGAGAGCGUGACUGCGCUCUCAGGCCGGCUUGCAGCGGCGAGAUGCGCCGUGGUCCCCAUGCCGCUACUCAGCUGCCGGCCACGAGGGGGCGCCGCAGAGCGCUGAGGCUGUCGCGGAGCCCAUGGCGUCCCCGGGCGGCCCCCACAGCCUCCUGGUCUGGCUUCUGCUCCUUCAACCCUGGCUCACGGAGGCUUCGGAGGAUGGGUUGGCGACGCCCUUGCCCUCUCCAGCUCCCUCGGGAGGCGGCACUAAGAACCGCACGGCGGUCCAGCCAGCCCCCGGAGGCGCUUCGGAAGUCCCCAAGUUGGUGGAGUUUAGCUUAGCGUGCGGCCAAGUGUUCCUGAAAAUCUUGGGAGGACAGGACAGCGAGGAAGGGAAGUGGCCCUGGCAGGUGAGCCUGAGGGUCCGUAACAGACAUGUGUGCGGAGCUUCCCUCGUCACAGAGAGGUGGGUGCUGACUGCAGCCCACUGUAUUUUAAGCCGUUACCAGUACAGUGUCAUGAUGGGAGAUCGGAAUCUCCAGGGUAUAUUAUCAGGGUUGGUGGUCCCUGUCAGCCGUGUCGUCGUUCACCCUCAGUUCUCAACAAGUGGAACCAUUAAAAAUGACCUUGCUCUUCUCCGGCUCCGCUACCCUGUAAAUUUCACUGGCGUUAUCCAGCCUAUAUGCAUCCCUGAGAAGACUUUCCACGUGCAAGCUGGGACCAGGUGCUGGGUGACCGGAUGGGGAAGGAAGCAAGAAUUUGAAGGCCCACUUGUGUCUGAAGUUCUCCAGGAGAUCGACCAAUAUAUCAUGUACUAUGAAGAAUGUAAUGGGCUGCUCCAGAUGGCCCUACGAACAGAUAAGGAUUUAGUGCAAGAAGGAGUGGUCUGUGGCUAUAAUAGUAUAGGAAAGGAUUCUUGCCAGGGAGAUUCUGGGGGCCCUCUGGUCUGUCAGUACAGUACCACGUGGGUCCAGGUAGGGAUUGUGAGCUGGGGCGUUGGCUGUGGUCGUAACAAUACGCCGGGAGUUUACACAGAAACCGCCCUCUACUCUAAGUGGCUAGUUGCAGUGGUGAACAAGGCUGCCUCUUUGUAUCCAGUGGUGCUCCUCUUCCUGUUGCUGUGUGUGGUGUUGUCCCUGGGCCUCCUGGUGACCCUGUGAUCACCCUGGUCCACAUUGCCCCCUGUUUCUGAGUCUCACACCUAGCCCUGCCUCUGACUUCCCACUCCUAGUUUAGUGCCAAUUCCUGAAUUCCAUUUGGUAUGCACUGAUCUUGUGGAGAUUCACAUGACAGAAAGCUGGCAGCAAGAAGCUGGAAGUUUCCCUGCCUCAUCCAUGUCUACAACUUGGCCGUGCUCUGCUUGCCAGGAAGGAGUGGGUGAAACCAGCGACCUGCCAGGUGGACAUGAUGCUUCAUCCACAUCACGGGGAACAUCUGGCAAAGAAGAGACAUCAUCACCCGUGAAGCAGUGUUAGAUCUGACACUUUUAUCAAACCGAUCUGUGUGGUGAUUGUUGGGAGAGAGCGAGGAGGCCCUGCCACGUCUGCAUGUGACUCAGUUAUCUGGGUUCGGAAAAGGUCCCCUGCUCCCCAGUGUAGAUCCACCUGUGAGUAACUGCCUCUGCCACACAAGCCCUCCGGGGGCGACUCAGUCUUGGAACCCCCUUCCCAGGGCUCCAGUGGCCACAUGCAGGCUCACCCCAAGUUGUGUUGAAGUAUUACGGAAUGUGGAGACUUCUGACGUCAACCCAAUAAAUGU